AUGGAGAAGACGUGGCCUAAAGCCUACGAAUUCGGUUACUCAGUCAAAGACGCCACAUCAGGCAAUGAUUACGACCGACGUGAGAUGUCUGAUGGAAACGAAGUGCGUGGAGAAUACAGAGUACAGUUGCCUGAUGGAAGAACACAAAUUGUUACUUAUCACGCAGACUGGCAAACUGGCUUCCACGCUGAUGUGAGAUAUGAAGGAGAGGCACAUUAUCCAGAAAACAAUAACUUAGGUUCAGGUUACAACAAUGGUUAUAACUACAAUGCGCCAGAUUUUUCUGGAUCACUCACCGGUUUCCAUGGCAACGGGCAGCAGCUACCGAAACCUUCGUACGGCCCCCCCAUCAUUUCAUUGAUUAGAUUGUAA